AUGAAGACGGUGAAGACGGAACAGAGCUUGUCCUCCGCCAUGAAAGCCGAGAUCCCCGGGCGCCUGAGCGCCUUGAAGACCAAAUCCAUGAAGCUGCUGAUGGCCACCAAGGCUCGUGCGGUGGAUUUCUUGGAGCUGGCGGCCGUGAAGGUCCAAAGCCUGAAGGUGGAAACGGUGCAAUCCGUGACUGCACUGAAGGCCAAGGUGUUGGAUACCGCUCAGGAGAUGAAGAAGGGGACGGUUUCCCGAGCACAAAUGCUCCUGGCUUCUGCAAAGUCAUUGAAAUCUACCACAGCAAAGAAGUUGACAGAUGCAAAGGCAGCAGCUGGCGCCAGCUAUGCCAAGUUGCGCAAGGAUGGUGUGCGCACUUGGUCUCGUGACAACGUGCAGCUUGCCCGGGAGUAUGUGGCCUUUAGCAUUGCCAGCGUUGACAGUGCAGCCAGGAGCAGCUAUCGCAAUGCCCGGGCGACCAGUCUGGCAUUCAUUGCAUCCACCAGAAAAAGCAUCAAGGACCGCAUCCAGGAAAUCGUGGACGGUGCCAAGGCGCGUGUGGCCGCCGGCCGCGCCAAGGCUCUGCAAACCGUAGACAGUGCCAAGGCCAAGGCCUCCGAGGCCCGGGACAAGGCACACGCUUUUGCCAAGAAUGACCAUGUGCGCGCGACUGCUGUAGGCGUUGCUGGUGGUGCGACCACCCUGGGCACUACAGGUGCUGCCACCGGCUUGUGCGCUGGCACUGUGGUCGGAGCUGCUGUGGGCGUGGUGCCAGCACUCUUUACCUUUGGCCUUUCCAUUCCAGUCGGUGCUGCCCUGGGAGGUGGCGCUGGUCUCUUCAUGGGCACUGCUGUGGGCGCCACUGCUGGUGCUUUGAGCGGUGGUGCAGCUGGCUAUGGCGCCUAUGCCAAGCGCGGAGAGAUUCAGGAACUCCGCACCAAGACCGUGUCACGUAUCUCUUCCGGCGUUGACAUCGUGAAGGGAAAGGCGGCCGCCUCUGCGGACUACAUCAAGGACAGGGCAUCAGCAGCUCGCGCCCGUGUGGUGGAGGUGUUGCAAACGCCGCAAGCGCUGCAACUUGAGCCAGCGCAACCGGUGGCGAUGCCGCCGGAGACGCAAGGCCUCAUUUUGGUUCUGGAUUCUCUUCUGGAUGAUGCCAGCUCCCUGCGGAGCUUGGCGGUGGGCUCCGUGAUGCUCUUCUGCCUCGACGCCGCCGCGUCGGGCCCCGCGGUGGCCCGGGCCGUGGCCACCCACCUGGCCACCAGGGCUGUGGCGUGCGCCGGGCCGCUGGGAAACAUGGACUUUGCUUGUCUCUAUUGUAUCUCAGAUAUUCUGCAUAAUGCUGGCGCAAAUCGAUGUCCAGGUGCAAACACCUAUCGCUCAGUCUUUGAGGAGCUUCUUCCCGGCAUCUUUCACCGAGUCUAUGUGGGUCUUCAGGCGGGUUCCGCUGAGGCGGAGAUGCGUGUGAAGCAUCUUCUGAAGGUUUGGCGCGCUUCGGACUUCUAUCCCACUUUGUAUCUGGAUGGUUUAGAGGCGGCGGCCUUUGGUGGGGCCCUGGCUUUGGAGGCGAAGGAACAGGCGAUGUCCAAAGAGAUUCGCUUGAAACUGAAUGUCUACAGCUCUUUGGACCUCAUCGCACUGGAGCGGCGCUGUCGCAACCGCGGCCUCUUUGGUUCAGGGAGCAGCUCCAAGUCGCUGCUGCUGCGGCGGCUGCGGAUCUUUGAAGAAUACUGGGCCCAGCGCAGCAAGGACGACGUCCGUGACACGCCGCAGGUGCCGGAGCCGGUAGCGCCGAAGCCGGUGGCGCCGGAGCCGGUGGCGGAGCCGCUGGCGGUGCCGUUGGAGGCUGGAGAUGACCUGGAUGGAGUGCCAUUGGAAGUGGAGAGGAGCUCCAAAAGCUCCAGACGUCGCAUCACCGCACCCAGCAGAUGGUCCUCACUGGAGAUGGCGGAGUCAUCCCACUUGGUAGGUGUAGAGGAGGAUCUCGAUGGCGAGCCGAUCGGUGUGUUGGAACUUCAACAAUGGCGUGCAGCCAAAGCCGCUGCCAGCUUUCCAGCGCCGGUUGGGUGGGAGACCACAGGUACUCCGUUGCCCUUGAUGCCAGCGAUUCCGAUGCCGCCCGCGCCUGCUGAAAUCGUCGAGUUUGACUCUGCCAUUGAUGAGCUGCUUUCCGCUUCGUGGGCGCAAGCAGUCGAGGAGAGGCAGCCAUCUACCGAGAGGCCUCGAACAGAGGCUACUUCACGUGCUCAAGCUCGAGGCAUGAGACCGACCAAGCCUCGGUGGCCGAAGGCCUCGACCUCCAGAUCUCGGCGGAGAGAGAGGAGGAGAAGCCUGAGCCGCAGGUCUAAAGGUCGUGCAGGCCGCGAGGGGAGGUCAAGACGACGUCGAGACAGGGAAAGCAAUGCGCCGCUGCAUCCCAGUUUGGCUGCACCCCGCGCAGCGGCUGCAGCUGCUGCGGCCGCAGCUGCCAAUGCCGCAGCAUUUCUUUCUGCCAGGUCUCGCGCAGCCCAACCCGGCUUUGAACAUCCUGCGCCCCUGCAAAGGCAACGCCUGAAGUCUGUGACCCCUGAACCGGAUGCCGAACUGGAUGGUGACCCGCUCAGCGACGAGGACUUUUAGCAGCACUGCGGCAAAA